CCGCGGCGAGCCCUGCCCGCCGCCGCCGCCCCUAAGGCGAGGGGCGAGAGGGGCGAGGGGCGGCUUCUCCCUCGCCGGCGCCCCGCAUGAGGGGAGGCGUUAAAUAGCGCCAGCGCCGCGGCGGCCGCCACUGCCAGCUCGGGGGCGGCGGGGCCGCCUCGCCGGCGGCGGCGGCGGCAGCGGCGGAGGAAACAUGGCGAGCGACUCGCCGGCACGGAGCCUGGACGAGAUCGACCUCUCGGCGCUGCGGGAUCCUGCAGGAAUCUUUGAGCUGGUGGAGCUUGUUGGCAAUGGCACGUAUGGGCAAGUCUAUAAGGGUCGCCAUGUUAAAACAGGACAGCUUGCUGCUAUUAAGGUUAUGGACGUCACCGGGGAUGAAGAAGAAGAGAUCAAACAAGAAAUUAACAUGUUAAAGAAGUAUUCUCACCACCGAAAUAUCGCUACAUAUUAUGGUGCUUUUAUUAAAAAGAACCCACCGGGAAUGGAUGAUCAGCUCUGGCUGGUGAUGGAGUUCUGCGGCGCGGGCUCCGUCACCGACCUCAUCAAGAACACGAAGGGGAACACUUUGAAGGAGGAGUGGAUUGCCUACAUCUGCAGAGAGAUUUUACGGGGCUUGAGUCAUCUACACCAGCACAAAGUAAUUCAUCGAGACAUUAAGGGACAGAAUGUAUUGCUGACAGAAAAUGCAGAAGUUAAACUAGUGGAUUUUGGUGUCAGCGCUCAGCUGGACAGAACAGUGGGCAGGAGAAACACCUUCAUUGGAACGCCUUACUGGAUGGCCCCUGAGGUCAUUGCUUGUGAUGAAAAUCCUGAUGCCACUUACGACUUCAAGAGUGACUUGUGGUCUUUGGGGAUAACGGCCAUCGAGAUGGCGGAAGGCGCUCCCCCUCUCUGUGACAUGCACCCCAUGAGAGCCCUCUUCCUCAUCCCCCGCAACCCAGCCCCGAGGUUGAAAUCAAAGAAGUGGUCUAAAAAGUUUCAGUCCUUCAUUGAGAGCUGCCUGGUGAAGAACCACAGCCAGAGACCAACCACGGAGCAGCUGAUGAAGCACCCCUUCAUCAGAGACCAGCCCAACGAAAGGCAGGUCCGCAUCCAGCUCAAGGACCACAUCGACAGGACUAAAAAGAAGCGAGGCGAGAAAGAUGAGACAGAGUACGAGUACAGUGGAAGUGAGGAGGAGGAGGAGGAGAAUGACUCUGGAGAGCCCAGCUCCAUCCUAAACCUGCCCGGAGAGUCAACGCUGAGACGGGACUUCCUGCGGCUGCAGCUGGCCAACAAGGAGCGCUCGGAGGCGCUGCGGCGGCAGCAGCUGGAGCAGCAGCAGCGGGAGAACGAGGAGCACAAGCGGCAGCUGCUGGCCGAGCGGCAGAAGCGGAUCGAGGAGCAGAAGGAGCAGAGGCGAAGGCUAGAGGAGCAGCAGAGGCGAGAGAAGGAACUGCGCAAGCAGCAGGAGCGGGAGCAGCGGCGGCACUACGAGGAGCAGAUGCGGCGGGAGGAGGAGCGGCGGCGCGCGGAGCACGAGCAGGAGUACAUCAGGCGACAGUUAGAGGAGGAGCAGAGACAGUUAGAGAUCCUGCAGCAGCAGUUGUUGCAGGAGCAAGCGCUACUUCUGGAGUAUAAGCGCAAGCAGCUGGAGGAGCAGCGGCAAGCGGAGCGGCUGCAGCGGCAGCUCCAGCAGGAGCGGGACUACCUGGUGUCCCUGCAGCAGCAGCAGCAGCAGCAGCGGCAGGACCAGAGGCCAGCGGAGAAGAAACCACUCUACCAUUACAAAGAAGGGAUAAAUGCCAGUGAGAAACCAGCAUGGGCCAAGGAGGUGGAGGAGCGCUCCCGACUCAACCGUCAGAGCUCCCCGGCGAUGCCACACAAGGUGGCCAACAGGAUUUCUGACCCCAACCUGCCUCCUCGAUCAGAGUCCUUUAGUAUUAGCAGCGUGCAGCCAGCCCGGACCCCACCCCUGCUCAGACCCGUGGACCCACAGAUUCCACAUCUGGUCACUGUGAAAUCCCAAGGAAGCUCCUUGUCUGGGUCUCAGUCACUGCAUGAACAGCCUGCAAAGGGGAUGGCUGGGUUUCAGGAGGCUCUGACGGUGACCUCUCACCGCACUGAGAUGCCAAGGCAGAACUCGGACCCCACAUCAGAAAACCCUCCUCUGCCCCCUCGCAUUGAAAAGUUUGACCGAAGUUCUUGGUUACGGCAGGAGGAAGACAUUCCACCAAAGGUGCCUCAACGAACCACUUCCAUAUCCCCGGCGCUGGCGAGGAAGAACUCCCCAGGCAACGGCAGCGCCCUGGGACCCAGGCUGGGCUCGCAGCCCAUCCGGGCAAGCAACCCGGACCUGAGGAGGACGGAGCCCAUCAUCGAGAGCCCGCUGCAGAGGACCAGCAGCGGCAGCUCCUCCAGCUCCAGCACCCCCAGCUCCCAGCCCAGCUCCCAGGGCGGCUCCCAGCCAGGCUCCCAGGCUGGCUCCAGUGAGCGCAACAGAGUCAGAGGGAAUGUCAAACCCGAAGGGUCACCCGUGCUCUCCCACGAGCCCCCUAAGAUCAAGCAAGAAGACAACAGAGAUGUGACGCGACCAAGCCGACCUGCUAGCUAUAAGAAAGCUAUAGAUGAGGGAGAAAUGGAUCUGACGGCCUUAGCCAAAGAAUUGAGGGAGCUGCGCAUUGAGGAAACCAAUCGCCCUCUGAAGAAGGUGACAGACUACUCUUCCUCCAGCGAGGAGUCGGAAAGCAGUGAAGAAGAGGAGGAGGACGGGGAAAACGAGACGCAUGAUGGGACCGUGCCUGUCAGUGACAUCCCGAGGCUUAUACCAACAGGAAUUUCUGGAAGCAAUGAGCCGUACAACCUGGGAAUGGUGACAACUCACGGUCUAGAAACUUCCCAUGCAGAUACGUUUAGCAAUAUUUCAAGGGAAGGGACUUUAAUGGUGAGGGAGACCUCUGGUGAAAAAAAGCGUUCUGGCCACGCAGCCAGCAAUGGCUUUGCAGGCCACAUCAAUCUCCCUGAUCUGGUGCAGCAAAGCCACUCGCCUGCGGGCACACCGACCGAGGCCCUGGGGCGAGUCUCCACGCAUGCGCAAGACAUGGACUCGGUGCCUGAAUAUGGUAUGGGAAGUAGCACCAAAGCCUCUUUUACCCCCUUUGUGGACACUAGAGUGUAUCAGACCUCACCUACCGAUGAAGAUGAAGAUGAGGAUGAAGAGUCAUCUGCUACUGCACUGUUCACCAGCGAGCUGCUCAGACAGGAGCAGGCCAAGCUGAACGAAGCCAGGAAGAUCUCCGUGGUGAACGUGAACCCUACCAACAUCCGCCCCCACAGUGACACCCCAGAGAUAAGGAAGUACAAGAAGCGCUUCAACUCGGAGAUACUCUGUGCUGCUUUGUGGGGUGUAAAUCUGCUGGUGGGCACAGAAAAUGGCCUGAUGCUGCUGGACCGAAGCGGGCAAGGGAAGGUGUACAACCUCAUCAACAGACGGCGGUUCCAACAGAUGGACGUACUCGAGGGCCUGAACGUCCUUGUAACAAUAUCAGGAAAGAAGAACAAGCUGCGCGUGUACUAUCUGUCCUGGCUGAGAAACAGGAUUUUACACAACGACCCUGAAGUUGAGAAGAAGCAGGGCUGGAUCACGGUUGGGGACCUGGAAGGCUGCAUCCACUACAAAGUUGUGAAAUAUGAAAGAAUCAAGUUCUUGGUGAUUGCCUUAAAGAAUGCUGUAGAGAUCUAUGCUUGGGCUCCUAAACCAUAUCACAAGUUUAUGGCAUUUAAGUCUUUUGCAGAUCUCCAGCACAAACCGUUGCUUGUCGAUCUCACUGUAGAAGAGGGUCAGAGACUCAAGGUUAUCUUUGGAUCACACACUGGUUUCCAUGUGAUUGAUGUAGAUUCUGGGAACUCUUAUGAUAUCUAUAUACCAUCUCACAUUCAGGGCAAUAUUACUCCUCACGCCAUUGUCAUCCUGCCUAAAACAGACGGGAUGGAGAUGCUUGUGUGCUACGAGGAUGAAGGCGUGUAUGUGAACACCUAUGGACGGAUAACUAAAGAUGUGGUGCUCCAGUGGGGAGAGAUGCCUACUUCUGUGGCCUACAUUCAUUCCAAUCAAAUAAUGGGCUGGGGAGAGAAAGCUAUUGAAAUCCGGUCAGUGGAGACAGGACAUUUGGAUGGAGUAUUUAUGCACAAGCGAGCUCAAAGGUUAAAGUUUCUAUGUGAAAGAAAUGAUAAGGUAUUUUUCGCGUCGGUGAGAUCCGGAGGAAGCAGCCAAGUGUUUUUCAUGACCCUCAACAGAAACUCCAUGAUGAACUGGUAACAGAGGAGCACUUGGCACUUACCUCCGUGGCAUUAUUUCUAAUUUAAAGGACAUUAAACACGUGGACUAACACUGUAGAGGCAGAUGCGGAGGGCCCUGAGGAUCACCGCUCCCCACGCUCCCCCCGCCGGCGCAGCGCUGCCCCAGGGAGCGGCUCUGGGGGGCUCGGGCACACGCGGCAGGGACGGACACUCGCGCUUGGAAUAGGGAAACCGCCUCCCGAGGUCUCCUGAUUACGCUGUGUUAUAGUGGGUUAUGAGUUUUCUUCUUCUUUUUUUUUUUUUUAAUUUUACUUUUUCUUUGUCCCCUACUUUGUAAGAACGGGGAAAGAAACAAGUGUCAAAAAGUCUGUUUUUAAUUCUGUCUGCCUGCUAGCAUCAAAUAUAUAGUAUGUUGUAAAGUUACCAAUUAAAUCUGGUGAGAGACAGCACAAUAAAUGUACCUUUUAUCUUUGUGAUGAAGGCCAUAACCGUAUAGCUGGGUAAUUUUAGAAAUCUUUUGCCUUCACCAACAUUUACAUGUUGCUUUUGGCAGCAACGGCUUAACGGAUUUUUAAAGAAGAGAAAAAUAAUAGUUUUUUUUCCCCUCUUUUGGGAAAUGGAUUUUAAAUGGCUAAGCUACUAGCCUUAGACUAAUAAAAAUCAGCUACCAUUUUUGUCAAGUCUGUCAAUCCAUAUUUCUAUAUGGAUCUUCACCCAGUGCUGUGUCGUGAUAGGGACAGUGGUGCCGUUUGCUGUUGCUCCGGAUGCUGGCGGGAGAGGACGGCCGCCCGCCGCGGGGCUCGCCGCGGGCACCGGGACGGGGACGGAGGGGACCGGGUGCCGCGGGGGGGCCGUGGCCACAGACGGCUCCCGGGGUGCCGCGGGCACCGGACCCGAUGCCGAAGGCGUCGCGAGCUGCGGGUGCUCGUCCCUGGAGGCGACGGGGACGAACCGAGCCGCCCACCCUGCGCGUCGCUGCAUUGGGCUUGUAAAGAGCUUAAAACUAUAUAUAUGUGUGUGGUUUCUUCGGCCAAGGGUCUGAAUCUAUACUCGUUUUCUGCCCCCUCUGCUCCCUACGAAUUACCCAACAUACAGUGGAAGACAACAUCUGUGCCGAAAUGUGUGUGUGUUUAGUUCAGGUUGAAUUGUGUCCUUAUAAACUCUGCUCAGUUGAUUUACAUUUUCAGUGCGUAUCUGGGGUUUUCUUUCUCAGUAGCUGCAAGCAUGGCCGCCUGUGGUAUUGGGGUGUCGCAUAACAAGGUCUGUGUUGCUGGUUUUUAACCUACCUCGUUUUGUUUUUGGUUUUGUUCUCUUUUUUUUUUUUUCGGUUGGGUUUUUUGUUUUGUUUCGUUUUGUUGUUUUGCUGUUGAUCACAGCACUGUUACCUCCAGCGACAUAUAGAGAGCUUAACUGGCAAUCUUGGUGUACUCAGUAACGAUGGCUUUAUUAAAAAAUGAUUAAA